UAUGAGAAUGAGAUAGGCAGUGACCAAGGAAAUUCGACGGGUGAGGGUUAAAACGGUCAAAAUGGAUGCAUCUCUCUACAUUCUUCUGCACUUACCGCCAUAACUUGGAGACGUUGCGCGGGUGUACGCCAUCAGUUUCCGUUGCUUCUCUUAUUCGCUGUUCAAAAUUCAUUCGCGAUCAUCUGAGGUUUAAUCGCUUUGUGAUCUUUCUUGGCAAGUCUAUCUGGCUUCUAUUCUUCUUGAUUCUCCAUGAACUGCUUCUAAAUUACGAGCGGGAAAAGAAAAGCAAAAGAAAUGCAGCAUCGAAUUGGAUUCCAUUUUGCGAAAUUUAAACUCAGAACUGGACUGGAGUUAGGUUUAGGGCUUUUGAGAAAAUCGUUCGCCAGUGAGCCAGGAAAGAGGUUUGCCGUGCUUUGGGGCAAUGGCGAUUAUGGGAGAUUGGGUCUUGGAAGCUUAGAUUCUCAGUGGAGACCUGCGAUUUGCUCUGCGUUUCAUAAUCAAAGCCUUAAAGCCAUUGCUUGUGGUGGUGCGCAUACUCUCUUCUUAACAGACGAUGGACGUGUUUAUGCCACUGGUCUUAAUGAUUUCGGACAACUUGGCAUAUCUGAGAAUAAACAAUACUCAGUGGUAGAACCUCUAGAUCUCAUACAUGAACCAAUUCAGGUUUUGGGAUUGAAGAAGGAGAUUGUGAAAGUCUCUGCUGGUUAUAAUCAUUCUUGUGCAAUUUCAGUGGAUGGAGAACUGUACAUGUGGGGAAGGAACACGAGUGGACAGCUUGGACUUGGAAAAAGAGCUGAAUCUGUAGUUCCUAUGCCAACUAAAGUGGAAUGCUUGGAUGGAAUCAAGAUUAAAAUGGUAGCACUAGGUUCAGAGCAUUCAUUGGCUAUCAGUGAUGGAGGAGAGGCCCUAAGUUGGGGAAUGGGAGGGUCUGGUAAACUUGGUCAUGGCCACGAGUCCAGCAUUUUAGGAUUCUUAAAAAGUAACAGUGAGUAUAUGCCAAGGCUUAUAAAGGAUCUUGCUGGAGUCAAGGUUAAAUAUGUAGCUGCUGGGCUGCAAACUUCAGCUUGUACGGAUGAGAAUGGUUCUGUUUUCAUAUUUGGUGAAAAAGGGAUUGACAAGUUGCGCUUUGGUGGGAUGAAUAAUGCAACAAAGCCAUCAUUGAUUAGUGAACUUCCAUGCUCAGAAGAAGUUGCAUGUGGUGGCUACCACACCUGUGUGCUGACAAAUUCCGGAGAGCUUUACACUUGGGGUUCAAAUGAAAAUGGCUGCCUUGGCAUUGGUUCCUCAGAUGUUAUUGAUCAACCUGAAAGGGUUCAAGGUCCAUUCCUUAAGUCUUCUGUUAGCCAGGUAUCCUGUGGUUGGAAACAUACAGCAGCUAUUGCUGAAGGAAAAGUCUUUACAUGGGGCUGGGGAGGUUCUCAUGGGACUUUCUCGGAGGAUGGACAUUCUUCGGGUGGACAACUGGGUCACGGAAGUGAUGUGGACUACAUAAAUCCAACAAAGGUUUGUAUUGGAGAAAAUAUGAAAGCAGUGCAAGUUUCAUGUGGGUUCAAUCAUACAGGUGCUAUAAUUGAAUAUACCUAGGUUUGGCUACCCAAUUAUAUGUAGUUACUUUUCAAUAGUCAACAAGUUUAAACAAAUAUGAACACAGCAGUGAUGCCAUCCAUUUGUUCAUUUUAUUUGUAUCGCAUUAUUACCAUGUAUCUUUCAUAAAUCUCACCAGAUGAACAAAGGAUGCUUCUUACACACAACAGGCUCCAGGAAGUGGUGGCUCAACUUAAACGAGGCAUAAACCAUAUAUUUCUUGCAUUUAGCUCUUGUUUCCCUGGAAGACGAGAACAUGUUAUGUAUAUGCGAAUAAUUUUAAAUGAUGUUCGGGGGGAAAAAAAGACUGAUAGCUCACAGUAUCAUUCUUCCAUUGUGUACAUGUUACUUUUGGCUGGUGUCUUGGAUCUGGCUCUAAAAAUCUAUUUUUAGUCCCUCAAAAUAGAUGACGGUUGAGUGGGCGCUAUUCUAAUAAAUCAUGGCGAAGCAAUUAGAGGAACCCAUGCGUUGUUAAUGGUCACGCUACGUGCAGAUCCCUUCUCCAGCACUCCGAUUGGAAAGCAGGGGGUGGUCCCUACAUGAACCGGGGAACUACAUCUGGAAAACCAAUGGUGGUCCCCCACGUACCCCACCUGUGAAGACAACCCUGGAGUCCACGUGCUGUUGUCUCUGGGGGAAUAGGUCCCACAAUGAAUCCAUCGUACCAAAGAGCAUUUAAUGGGAUCACGUGGCAAUGCUUGCAGCGUACGAUGCGAGGAGAAUCUGAGCCGUAGGAUGUUCGCCGGGGGUUUGGACUCCGGAGUUAAUAGCCAUAGAGGUCACAGGUCGUCGGGUUCACCGGCACCACGAGGUCAGCACAAAGCUUGGGAAUUCAAACAAAUCACAGCAUUUUGUUGGGUGUGUAUGCAUAUCUACAUUUUGAUAUCAGUGGGGUCUCUCAAAACUCAACUCUCUCUUGAGUUCAGACCAUCGAGUACGACGCUUUGGGUUUAUGUUAUUAGUUAAAAUGCCGUUUUGCAUAAGCUAAUUUUAGGAACAUCUGAAUUGUAAAAGCCUAGAAGAAAGAAGCCCACCAUUAGACAUUACUAGUGAGUGAGUCAGUGCUUCCUCUCUCUCUCUCUCUCACCCUAGCUAUAUAUAAGAAGGUACGUUGUGGGUUAGGGUUAUGCGGUAAACUUAUGGGUAGAGAAAAUAGGUGCGUGUUUGUUUCUGUGGUUGAGGGGAAUGUUGGCUGGCUCGAGGCUUUUCCACAAAGGAGGUUCUCACUCAGAAGAACUAUUAAGGCUUCGGACCAGGCUUCAUUCCCCUCAAAAUUUUUUAUCCUUUCUCAAUCCUCAUUAUUUCCCUGAGAGAUUUCUAAGUUUGAACCUACAGAACAGAUCAUCGAUACUGUAUGUGUGUGUGCGCGCGCGCUGUGGAUUGGCCCUCGAUCGAUUAUCGCAAAGGUUAGGUUGAGAGGAAUGUUGUCUGGCUCGAGGUCACGAAUUGGGAGUUGAUCAUUCUCAUGCAGUAGUGAUUGCUUACGAUCACUAGAAAGGGUUAAGGAAAUUUGGUAACCCUAAAAUGACUCUCGGACCAGGCUUCAUUCCCCCCAGCCAUCUUUUGCUCUUUUUUCGCUAUAUUCAUACCUUAAUUCUGCUCAUUCUCAACGCUCAGUCUUCAUCUUCCUCACAUAAAUGUUGGUCUUGGUAAGGCUUCUCUUCCAAUUCUUAUGUUGCACAUUUGCUAUAUAUAGCUAAUAGUUCAUCACUCAAGUUUUGCAUAUUGCUAAUAAUCAUUACACCAUCAGUUCAUACCGAAGAAAAAGGCUCUCCUGCUCCUACCUGGCUAGGGUCGCAAGGUCAGAAGUGCCAGCUCAAAUUACUCACAUAUAUGUAUGUAUAUAUGCUUGCUUCGUGUGAUUAAUUAGAUAUUCAUAUUUUUGAAGAUUUUCACUUCAUCAGCUUCGGUUUCUGGGGCCUGAUUCUUCGUUCACAAAUUAUAACAGAUCUGCUUCCCCUCCUCCUUCGGCUUUCUCUUUCACACUCACUCACAAAGAUAGCCAUCACUAGAUGUCUAGCAUUCUGAUGUUAAUCAAACUAGUGAAUGAAUUAAUGUGUUCUGUUAUCGAUUUUAUUGGCGAAAAUUAAUUACCAUCGAAUGUUCACUUCACGUGGACAAGAUAGGGGGAAAGCAUGUGCUGUGUAAAUCUACAUCCAUCAGAUAGAUAGAUAGAUGGAUGUGAAAUUCUUUAGCCUACUUAGCUAGCUAGGUACUACUAUUAGCACAGCUCUGGCUUCUAGGGUUUCGAAAUAAUGUUCUUCUUCUUUCUGAAUCUCUUUCAGCUUUUUCGAAGUAACCCCCUUUUCAGGCAGCCAAAAGUAUAAAUAUUUACAGAAACCUCGCAAAUCACCCUGAAAUGAAGCAUCAAUUUCAUGAAUCUGAAUAUACCACAGGUAAAUCUACAGUUUCCCUGUAAGGGCAGUAAUAACCUUAGUAGGUAAGUUUUUCACUCUCACCUGGGCUUUUGAUAUCCCAUAAUUUUCCGUGGAACACUUAUUACUGAUCAAAUUAUUUUGACGUAAGCUGCUAUAAUCAACUUUUAAGCGUUGCUUUGCUUGCGGAUGAAUUUGUUGCUUUUUGUUUUGCAGUGAAAUGUAUGCCCUCCAUUAUUGAAGACACUAGCUGGUGAAGAAGCUGAGGCGUGAUGAGGCAUAUCUCAAUCAGCGGGUUUGAAUAAUGAAGAUGAAUCACAUACUAUAUUAUCACUAUAAUUGUAUCAUAGUUUCUUUUGUAAUCAAAUGAAAUUUAAUGGUUCCAAAAGCGACGAAUAAAAGGUCUGAUACUGGUUUCAAGCA